AUGAGUGCACAAAGUGUCAGUUCUCGAGGUCCAGCCCCCCGGGCAAACCCUGCCGGUUUCAGAGACCCUUAUACGCACGGGGAUCUGAAGAUCGUAUGCCCGGGCUCGCAGGCCGUGAGGUGGCCAACAAUCUUGGUCGACAGGAUCAAGCUGGAGGCGGUAUGGCCUGCGCUAUGUGACAUGAUCACUCGCAGCGAAGACGACUCGUGCGCGGAGCUUCACCUCCACUGCAGUAGGGCUGCCGCGCUACUGUUACUCGACGCGGUGAUGAACCCACACGUCGAUCCGAUCCCCGGCCGCGACUGUAGCUCCGGUAAACUCCUCGCAGCUAUCGAGGUCGCUCGUGACUACAAGCUGCACGGCGCCACUCGUCAUCUCAUGUACCAGCUAUGCGCGGCCGAUCGCGGAGACAUGCGCUUCGAGGUUUUCGUCCGAGCCUGCCAGCUCGACGUCCAAUUGGCUAGCGUCGUCCUUUCCCUUGCGGCGGCUGGCGAGGUUCCCAACAAGCGCUUGUUCUGGGCAUUGUUGCGUGCGGUACGCCUGGCGGAGAGUGCGUCUCCCCUCGACAAUACCCACGCAGAGUUCUGGCGUAUUGUUGCCGGGGAUUUCCUGAUGACUAUGAACCAGGUUGCUCAAAAAACGAAGACUGCGGGCGAGGGUGCGGGUACGGAGGCGGUUUGA